AUGGCUGUUUCUCGUAAUGCCGAUCUUCUCAAUGCGGCACUUUCAGCCGUUAUGGGAACGCAUCAUUUCGUAUCAGAAAAUGUAUUCAAAGAACGACUGGCCAAAACGAAAGGUGUCUAUCAGCAAGUCGAUUUGCAUUCAUUGCAUCAAUCUAAUCUUGUUGGUGGUGAAGUCGACUCGGAACAAAACACUGUUGAGCCCAACAAUGACCAAACGUCCAAGCAAGAGACAACCAACGAAGGGUGGGGAAUUGUCAUCAAAACUCUUACCGGGAAAAGCAUUACGCUCAAAUGCGAAGAGACUGACACCGUCAAGUCUAUAAAGCAGCGAAUUAUGGACAAGGAAGGCGUUCCGCCGGACCAACAAAGGCUUAUUUUUGCCGGCCAGACACUAGAAGAUGAUAAAACGCUCGCCGAUUGCGACGUUCAGAACGAGAGUAUAAUACAUUUGAUUCUACGACUCCGUGGUGGCGGAUGUAUAAUUAGCUAUCUGCCGUCGAGUGCGUUGGACCCGGGCUACGAUUACGAUUUCACGCAUAUUAAGGAUAUAGGAGUGACGUAUAUGAGAGGAAACGUUCAGUAUCGAAGACCGUGCGGAUGGAAACGCUUUGCGUUAAAAGUCGCUGGAAAAUACGAUAAUGGCGAUAAUACUUGGCUUGGCAUUGAUAAAAGGGCUUGGCCGGUAUCUUACCAUGGAACUGCUAAAUAUAAUGCGAAAUCGAUUUCUGAAGAAGGAUACCAAUUGAGUAAAGGAAAACGUUUCGCUUUCGGACGUGGCGUUUACUCAACACCUGAUGUGAACUUGGCCGAACGUUAUGCGACGGAAUUUUUGUUCGAUGGCAAGAAAUAUGUGAUUGUGAUUCAGAAUCGGGUAAACCCCAAAAAUUUAGUAAAGCUUACGACGACGGCAGAAGCCGGGGUUGGUGAAUAUUGGAUUUCCAAGGCUGGUGAAGAUGUCAGGCCAUAUGGAAUUUGUAUAAAGGAAAAAAAGUCUUAA